AUAUUAUCGUUAGUCGGUCCUGGGAUUAUCUUAGAAGUAAGUCGCUGUCGUCUCAGUUUACUUUAAUAAAAGUUUAAGUCGAAUUUUGAAAGUGAAAUGUCACAAGAAGAAGAGAAAGUUACCUAUUUCACCCUAGAAGAGGUGAAAAAACACGACGGGGCGACAGACGACAGGGUGUGGAUUAUUUAUAAGGAUAUCGUGUAUGAUGUUAGUUCAUAUUUAGAGGAGCAUCCUGGAGGUAGCGAGCUUAUCACGGAAUACGCCGGAAAAGACGCCACAAAAGCGUUCGACGACUUUGGCCACUCUUCAGACGCUAAAAAGAUGUUAAAAGCUUAUAAGAUCGGCGAAGUGGUCGAGGAGGAACGCAAAGGGAAAAUUAAGAAGAAGGAAAAACCGUCAGUAGUAAACGUUAAUCCUGCUAAACCGCAAACGAGGAGCUGCUUUUCCAUUAUCACGUGCGGACUCUGCGGUUAGGACCUGACUCAAGAACCAUCCAGAACAAGCAGUAUAAGCAAUACAAGACAACAUGUGAAUUAGCCAACAUAUUUUGCCUUAAAAAUGUGUGUUCUCUAGGUUUUUUUUAAUGUAAUUAAAUUAAAGAAACAUUGUAUUGUUCGUAAAAAUAAUAUGCGUCAACGUUCACGUAAUUGAUUAGAUAAUUACGUACGUCUUAUUGUGAUACAUGUGGCUAUAGACUCAUGAUAUAAUUUUAUGUAUCAUUAUUUAAAAAUAAUUAAUUAAUUGAUAAGGAAACUGUUGUAUCAUAGCAUUAUUGUGAUAAUCAUUUUCAUUAUUAUAAAUUAUUUACUUUAUCUAAUAAGCUUCCUGAUGCUGUAAAAUGACUAAAUUUUAUCGGCUGAUUAAUAUAAAAUUUUUGACACCUUUAUGAUAAAUGACCAAAAAAAAAAUUAAAAUUACAAAUUCUU